CAUGCGCGCGGAGAAGGGUGACGUCGGGCGGCGGCCAGGAAGCAGGCGCGAGGCGGUCGGAGCGGCCCCCGCACGGCGUCCUGCGCUCCCCAGCGCCUGCGUGGGUGCCCGCUGCGGUCCGCAGGUGAAAGAUGGCGUUUGUGAAGAGUGGAUGGUUGCUGCGACAGACCAACCUUUCCCAUUUUUUUCAGGUACUAUUUUGAAGCGUUGGAAGAAGAAUUGGUUUGACUUGUGGUCGGAUGGUCACCUGAUCUAUUAUGAUGACCAAACUCGGCAGAGCAUUGAGGAUAAGGUCCAUAUGCCAGUAGACUGCAUUAAUAUCCGCACCGGGCACGAGUGUCGGGAUAUUCAGCCUCCGGAUGGGAAGCCAAAAGAAUGUAUGCUGCAGAUUGUUUGCCGAGAUGGGAAAACUAUCAGUCUUUGUGCAGAAAGCACAGAUGAUUGUUUAGCCUGGAAAUUUACACUCCAGGAUUCCAGGAUAAACACAGCUUAUGUUGGCUCAGAAGUCCUGUAUGAUGAAACAACUGUGGCUUCUUCCCCACCUCCUUACACAGCCUAUGCCACACCAACCCCUGAGACAUAUGGCUGUGGUCCAUACAGUGGUGCGUACCCACCAGGAACUCAAGUUGUCUAUGCUGCAAACGGGCAGGCUUAUGCUGUACCCUACCAGUAUCCAUAUGCAGGACUUUAUGGACAACAGCCUGCCAACCAAGUCAUCAUUCAAGAGCGGUAUCGAGACAAUGACAGUGAUCUGGCUCUGGGCAUGCUGGCUGGAGCAGCCACGGGCAUGGCCUUAGGGUCUCUGUUCUGGGUCUUCUAAAGUCCUUCAUAUCUGGAUUUGCAUAGCUUCUGAUGCCCUGUGUGCAAUACUAUAAUUUGCAGGGUGUUUCUGUUGGUGAUAAAUGUUUUUAAUAAUAGUUUGAAUAGUUCUUUUGAAAGUGGUGACAUCAUAGUUUAAUCCAUACACUUACUGUAGAGAAGACUUCUGACUUCUGCUUAGCUAAAACAUGAACUUUUUGGAGCACUGGUUCAUUCCAGGAGUUUCUUUGUAGAACUCCCUGGAAGAUCUUAUUUUGAACACACCUGUUUUGAAAGGCAUUUUCUUUUCAGAGUUAGGUAUUAGUGCUUAAGGGACAAGUACUUUACUGUUGUGUUAAUAGUAUGGUGAUGUAUGAGUGAGUGUUGUGGAAAGGAGUUGAUGCAGUUGCAGUUUCUGUUAAACAUCAAAUUUACAAGCCUUAGAUCAAAACUGGGUGCAAGUAACUUCAGGAAUCGUGGGCUGUUAAGCUCUCAGGAAUUUCCCUGAGGCAGUGGGGUUGAUAUUCCCACCAUCUAUAGGGCCAGUGACUGCUCAGGAUGAUGGGGGAGGGGCAGCCCUCCCUCCUCCUCCCCUUUAAAAUAAUGCUUCAUUUUAGUCUUUGUUUUCUUGGUACUGAUCCUUGGAAAAUAUCUCACAUUAGGAAUUGACAUAAGCCUCAGAGUUUUUUAGGGCUUUAUCCUUUAAAAUUUGAAGAAGGCAAAAUAAUUCCAAAUAUGUGGAGGUAGAUUGACUUUAUUCAGAGACAUUAUGUUUUUAGUGGCUGCUUUGAGUAUUUUUAUUGCCACCUCAGACUACUUAUAGCUUAUUUUUCUACUUGUUGAGAAAGUGCUAUUAAAAGAAUGGUGAGGAAAAUGGAAUGAGAGCCAUAGCUACGAUGUUACUGUGUCAGGCUUCCAGGGAUUGCACUGUGUAGAGGAUGCUCUUUUCUGUCCUUCUGAAGGCUGUUAAAGAGCAGGUGUCUUGUAUUGUGCAGGAUUGGGGCCUGUAGCUGUCCCCCAAGCACUGAGGUGCAUGGAGCCCUGGUGGUAGCAUACUGGGGCUCUUGGGACCAUGGCUGUGGGGGAGACUCAGGUUAUAGAUGGGAAAUGAGGCCAAAGGACAUGAAUGACCUGCUGUUGUCAAGAUAUUACUCAACCUGACUAGGACACCAGCUUUGUUUUUAUUCCUGACUCAGGUGUCAUAGAGAAGUGUAAACAUUUAAUUUUGAGCCCCAGCAAUGUUUGAAGCCCUGGAAAACCCCAUAAUACUGCAUUUCCAUUAUUUAUGUGAAUUUAUAAAGCCCCUGAUUAGUCCAUUUUACUGUCCUGCAUACUUUAGAAAAUGUUAGCACAGUAACAGUGCCUGUCCUCGCACUCUCUUGUGGCCCGUUUCCACAAAAUACACUCCUAGUACCACAAAUUUUAUUUUCAUUUUCUGUGGCCAGUUACAUACAUAACUCAUGUGUCUUACUGGUCAACUGACUCCAUCUCUGAGCAGAUUUAAAUAGAUCUCCACGUGGAAGCAUCUGCCACAAAUGACCUUUAUGGUGACCACAGGCAGGCCUGGUUUCCUGGACAGUUCUGGUGAACUUAUGGCCACUGUAGAGUCUGUAUCUAGCUGAAAGGAAGUGCACUUGAUUGUCAUUUCUUUGGAUAUUUGAUACAGCGGAAAAUUGCCAGAUGAUGUGUGACAACGCCAGUUUUGUUGGUUAAAAAUGUUGCUUUUAUGAUUUUACAUCCUAUAUAGUAAGAAUGGCUUUAUUCAGAUUAUAGUCAUUACUAGAGCUGUAUGCUUUACUAACAAAAUAUUAAGCAGUUUUUAAUGUUGAAUUGGGGUAUUAAUUUUGAACUUAGAGUUACUGGAACCACACACUAUUGAGUUAGGUCACUGAAAUGCCCAGGAAGCAGAGUUCCCAACUGACAGAAGGGGAAGAUGUGAACUGAAGUUUAGGCAUUUGUGUGUGCACCCUGUUGGCCAGCCCGACUGCGCAGACAGAGUUGAGCCUGGAAAUUCACUGUUGCCAGUGACUUGAUGCUGAUACGAAAUGCAUAGUGGUUAUAAAGAUGGGCUGAGAUACUUCAUUUCCCUGGUCCAGCUUCCAAAGAUGUUAACUUUGUGAUCUCAAUUUAGGUAAUCCUAAGUAAAAAAGUUAAGAGGUGGAAGCAGCUUGUUCAGGUGUGAGUAGGCAUUUCACUGUCAUGUAUACCUCUAUAUAAUGUACCUGAAAGAAGUUGGCCACUGACCUUGCACACAUGCCAAUCUGAUCUUUUAAUUCCUGGAGUGCACUUCAGAGUCUUAGUAAAGAGAAGGGAGAGACCAGUGGCUGUGUUUCAGAUGAUCAUCCUGAAACAGGCCAGACCAGGACCCCCAGGAUGUUUGUACGGUUGAGACAAAUGGCCCAGGUAUAUUUUCUACAUUAGUUAUGAUCUGUUUCAUUUUUCUUUCUCCUUCCCAAGUUUAUGUAGACACAGGCAUGGAAUGCAGUUCCAUUUUUCACCCCUAGAAUUGAUCUAUUUUCUGAUUGCUUCCCUGUCUCUGGUAUUCUCUUAUGUCCUCAGAACCUGUUUUUCCCUGUAUAUGCAAAUUGUAUGUUUAUAGGUGAAAUGUUAAUACAUUAAAUGAUUAACCUUAAAGCAUA